AGCUGGAUACGCCACAACUUCCGCGGCAAGUGUGUUGAUUGCACUCCCGUCGUGUGCGUGCCCUAUAUAUUGGAGUUGCCCGCGCAGACAACCCACGCAUCCCGUUCCGGUGUUCGCCUCCUAAUCACACCAAAGGCGACGUCGCGUUCCGCUUGACACGCUUCAAGUUUCGCUAGCCUAUGUCCAUGGAGGCUGCGCCGGAGGCGGUCAUGGAGCGGGAGCGCCUCACGGCCGAGAUGGCCUUCCGCGGCGACGGCGCGCAGCGGGACGGUGGCGAGCCGGCGCCCAGCAUCGUCAUCAAGAUCCGCCGCCGGCUCCCGGACUUCGCGCGCAACAUCAAACUCAAGUACGUCAAGCUGGGGAUCCGCCACGGCGGCAGCCCCACGUCGCUCCUGCCGAUGCUGUGCGUGCCGGCGCUCACCGCCGCCGCCUACUCGUUCGUCCGCCUGGACGUCAUCUACUACUCCAUCGACCUGCUCACCUGCGUCGCCUGGCUCGGCACGGCGCUGCUCCUCCUCACCGUGUACUACUUCAAGCGGCCCCGCCCGGUGUACCUUGUCGAGUUCGCGUGCUACAAGCCGGAGGAUGAGCACAAGAUCUCCAAGGCGGGCUUCCUCGAGAUGACCGAGAGCACCGGGUCCUUCAAUGAGGCGGCCCUGGAUUUCCAGACCAAGAUCACCAAUCGCUCAGCGCUUGGCGACGAGACGUACCUGCCCCCCGGCAUCCAGGCGCGGCCGCCGAGGCUGAACAUGGCCGAGGCGCGGAUGGAGGCCGAGGCGGUCAUGUUCGGGUGCUUGGACGCGCUGUUCAAGGCCACCGGGAUCAACCCGCGCCGCGACGUGCGCAUCCUCAUCGUCAACUGUAGCCUCUUCAACCCGACGCCGUCGCUGGCGUCCAUGAUCAUUAACCAUUACAAGAUGAGGGAGGACGUCAAGUCGUUCAACCUCGGCGGCAUGGGGUGCAGCGCCGGCCUGAUCGCAAUCGACCUCGCCAAGGACAUGCUCCAGGCGAACCCCAACUCGUACGCCGUCGUCCUCAGCACGGAGAACAUCACCCUCAACUGGUACUUCGGCAACGAUCGCUCGAUGCUGCUCUCCAACUGUAUCUUCCGUAUGGGCGGCGCCGCGGCGCUGCUGUCGAACAAGCGCGCGGACGCCGGGCGCGCUAAGUACCGGCUGCUCCACACGGUGCGCACGCACAAGGGCGCAACCGACGAGUGCUUCAACUGCGUGUACCAGCGCGAGGACGACGUCAGCAAGGUCGGCGUGUCGCUGGCGCGGGAGCUCAUGACGGUGGCCGGCGACGCGCUCAAGACCAACAUCACGACGCUGGGUCCCCUGGUCCUCCCCCUCACAGAGCAGCUCAAGUUCCUCAAAUCCCUGAUGAUGCGCCGCGUGUUCCGCGUCAAGGGUGUGCGCCCGUACAUCCCGGACUUCCGUCGCGCGUUCGAGCACUUCUGCGUGCAUGCCGGCGGUCGCGCGGUUCUGGAGGAGGUGCAGCGAAGCCUGAGCCUCGAGGACAGGGACAUGGAGCCGAGCAAGUGCUCGCUGCACCGGUUCGGCAACACGAGCAGCAGCUCGCUGUGGUACGAGCUGGCGUACGCCGAGGCCAAGGGCCGGGUGAGCCGCGGCGACCGCGUGUGGCAGAUCGGGUUCGGGUCGGGGUUCAAGUGCAACAGCGCCGUGUGGCGCGCGCUCCGCGACGUGCCGGCGGUGUCGCCCGGCGCCGCGGGGGCGGGGCAGGACGGGAAGGGCGCGCAGAGCUGCAACCCCUGGGUGGACGACGUCGACAAGUACCCUCCCAAGGCGUACGUCUGAUAGAAUGGCCCACGUUACGUGACUUCACACAACAAUUGUAUGACUCAAUUUUCCUUGCGACGAAGGAAGGGCAUGUGAGGGGGAAAUUAUAUAUUUCCUUUUAUUUUUUCUUUGUGUAUUUUAUUUUUCAUCCAGUAGGUUGCCGUGCGUAGACAGUGCUGGUUUUUGGAAUUCAGAGAUUUAUGCGGUGUAAUGAAUUCCAAAAGCCAGCAGUGCCAUUCUUUUCCAGCUUUUGUUGUUUAGUCCCUUGGUCUUCCUUGGCCUUCUAGAAGCUGGGGAAGAAGAAUGGACAAGUGUGCAGUUCACAUGACUAAAGAUCUAUCGAUCAAGUGUGAAUUAAAUCAAGUACAUAUCCUGUUCUGAAAUUCUAAA